AUGGGCCCCUCUGGGGAACAUAAAAUAGCCGAAAGUACCAAGCGAGACCUGACCAGUGCUGACACCAACAGGGUGUCAGAUGGUACCAGGUUCUCGCAGAUUAACUUGCAACAUUGCAAGGCGGCAACGGACAUUCUCCUGUGCCGCCUAACGACGGGGCAAACAGAUAUAGCCCUCAUACAAGAACCUUGGAUCCACAAGGAACGUGUAGGGGGGCUCAAUACGGGGUGCGGCUCACUCUACCAUGAUGCUACAUCCACAAGGCCCAGGGCCUGCAUCUUCGUCAAAAAGGAGAUAGCGACCCUGAAACUUAACAAAUUCUGCACUGGUGAUCUCUCAGCGGUUAAGAUCAAACUUAACCUCGGUGGGAAUACGUCUGAGCUGGUAGUUUGCUUGGCGUACGUUCCACAUGACUCGGAGGACCCUCCACCUAUGAGGGAACUCAGGGCACUGAUAGACCACUCUGCUGUCAAUGGUCUGCACCUGGUGACCGGCUGUGAUGCCAACUCGCACCACACCAUAUGGGGCAGUACCAACACCAAUGGUAGAGGCACAGCAUUGCUGGAGUACCUCGCCACCACGGGCCUGAGGAUCCUUAACAUAGGCUCCGCCCCCACCUUUGUUACCUCCCGCAGACAGGAGGUGAUUGAUCUGAUAUGGGCUCCGCCAAGGCGGCACAGGACGUCAAACAUUGGCAGCAUCACAUCCGAUAGCAUUUCCCGGCCAGAUCUUCCUGUAAGCACGAGAAUUCCAUUGCAUUUAUAUAAAAAGUUGAUAGACAAGGUUCCUGAUGCACAAGGAUACCAUAUGUACACUGAUAGGUAUUAUACCAGUAUUCCUUUAGCAGAAGAAUUGCUAAAGAUGAAAUGUAAUCUUACCGGCACAGUAAAAGUAAAUCGAAAAGGCAUACCCAUGGCAAUUCGAUGUACGUUUUCGUUAAAAAGUGGCGUCGAGUUGCUGGUAGGUAACGUCCGAAACGGUGCCGAGUGCAAAGGGUUAAUAAGAACCAGCAAGAGGACGGCCUGGAAGACCUUUUGCAAAGAGACCGAGGCGCUUCCAACAGUUGCCAGGCUAAGGAAGGUUUUCUCGAUAGGUCCCUCACCAAGGUUGGAUCGCCUCAGACUCCCGAAUGGAAGUCUGACGAACAACCACAUAGAAACGCUAGAACACCUGAUCCAGGUACAUUUCCCGGGCUCAGUAGCGGAGGGGUCGGGGCGGCGUCGCAGAGAUACCGCGCACACCGGCCCCGCUCCAGCAGACUGGGGAAUAGCUGAGAAGGUGACCAACACAGACAGGGUUAAGUGGGCCAUCGGCUCCUUCAAGAGAUUCAAGAGCCCAGUCACAGACGGAAUCUUCCCGGCACUCCUUCAGGAGGGCGGAAAGGACCUGUACAGGCGCCUGGGCCAAUUCUUCAAAUCCUGCCUAGCUAAGGGCUAUGUACCCAAAGCCUGGAGAUACUUCAAGGUAGUGUUCAUUCCGAAACCAGAGAGGGACAAUUACGACCUUGCUAAAUCAUACAGACCCAUCAGCCUCACCUCUUUCCUGCUUAAAACGCUGGAGAGGCUGGUUGACAGGUACAUCAGAGAUGAGGUCUUUGUCAGCAAACCGCUGCACCCCUAUCAACACGCCUAUCAAAACGGCAAAUCCACCGAGACAGCACUUUAUAACCUGGUAGGUUUCAUUGAAGGCGCACUGUCGAACGGAGAAUCCGCUCUCUGCAUCUUCCUCGACAUUGAGGGGGCGUUUGACAACACCCUUCACAGCCACAACAAGCCUGGGAGAGGAAAAGGUGAGGGCGGACGUCGCGAGCCCCUGCUAUGGACCCUCAUGGUUGAUGAACUCAUAUGUAUACUCACCAUGGAAGGCUUUGAGAUUCAGGACUACGCCGACGACCUUUCCAUUACGGUCAGAGGUAGACACCCACUGACGCAACUACAACUCACAGAUGAGGUAAAAUAUCUAGGCGUAAUACUAGACAAAAAACUCACCUGGACAAGCAGACCCAGAAAGCAAUUAGCACCUACUGGGCCUGCCGCAGAAUGGUUGGCCCCACAUGGGGACUUAAACCAAGUAUGGUUAGGUGGAUAUACCAGGUUAUAA